CUAUAAGACCCCCAACGUCAUCUGGUUUCUCAGAGUCUGGAGUCUGUUUUCUCCACACAGAGAGCAUGAUACAGUCCAGGGUGCUCAGCUGUGCAGAUUUCUUUUAAAAGGGUCGAGAAGCAAUUGUCAAGACAUGGAUUUUAGCCAAAAGACGGACUGAAAAGAGCUUGACUGUUUGGACUGGAUGCUCAAUUACAUCAGCUGACCUUGGACAACCAAAAAGAGGGAAGUUAAAUUGUGUGACGCAAGGGUACAUCCAGUUCCAUAAUGGCAAUUCCAAAUGACCUCUCCCUUUUCAACUCCACCUCACCCCUCUAUUCAAUGAUGGAGCUUUAUGCGAAUGCCUCCUCGGCUCCCUCUGCUCCCCUCUGCUCAGACUGGCCCCCUGUACCCAUGACUACAGUCAUCCCCACCAUCUACAGUGUGAUCUGUGUGCUGGGAACCAUGGCCAACACCUUGGCAGUGUGUGUUCUGGCCUGUGCCAGUGCCUCGAGGAGAACAGUAGCUAACACCUUCAUGCUGAACCUGUGCGUGUCUGAUCUGCUGUUCCUGUUGUCUCUCCCACUGUGGGCUGUCUACUACUCCCAGGGUUACAGCUGGCCCUUCGGCAGAGUGGCCUGCAAAAUCUGUGGUGCGCUGCACAACCUCAACCUCUACGCGUCUAUCUUCUUCAUCACGUGCAUGAGCAUGGACCGCUACCUGGCCAUCGUGCACCCACUUCGCUCCCAGAGUGCACGAGACCCCAAACGUGCCCGGCUCACAUGCAUCCUUGUGUGGGUUCUGGCAUGUGCUUGCUCAGCCCCGACCUUAGCUCUGAGGGAUACCUAUCACCUUGAGACGCUUGGUGUGGAGGCCUGUGUGAUUUUAUAUCCUAAUCAUGCCUGGUAUCAGACCCUGGUCUGGAUAAAGAUUCUUCUGGCCUUUCUGCUGCCCCUCUUUGUCAUCUCCUGUUGCUACUGUGCUAUUGGUAGACAUUUACUGGCUGACACAGGGCUUGUAAGAAUGCAGAAUCUGUCUCACCCCCCAAACACGCCAUCUUUUAAAUUACUGGAGUCCCAGGAGGGCUACAGUAAACCAGAGAGACCCCCCACCCCUUGUGUGAGUCCCAGCUCAAGUGGGAGCAGACCACUGGCGGGCAGAGGGCUUGAAAGGGUAUUGUGGACAGUAGCUGCGGUGGUUCUGGCAUUUUUCCUCUGCUGGUUUCCUUUCCACUGUGUGACCUUUUUGGACGUGCUAAACAGUGAAGGCUGGUUGGACAGCUGCUGGGUAAACUGGACCAUCCAAAACCUCACUCCUCUCACUCUCUGCCUGGGUUUCUCCAACUCAGCCAUCAACCCCGUUCUCUACUGCUUCAUCGGGAACCAUUUCCGUGGCCGUCUCGGAAGCCUCUGUAAGGGUGUGUGUUCUUGUUUGAAGGCCCGAGGGGAAGAACACAGCCAGAAGAGGGGCUCCUUCAGCACCAGGCUGAGCUCCUUCUCUCGAAAACUCAGUGACCUCAAAGACUUGGCAAUUGUGGAGCCCUCUGGCUCUGCGUAGCUGCCCCAGCUCCCAAUCCUGACUCCAGUGGCAAGACUUUCUCAUCCCUUCAGUGGUAACUGCUGAACUCCAAUGCGCUCGGCUGCGUGAGCCGGAGCUGUUACUAUAACUGACCAAGUCAGAUUUCUAGCAGAGGUCAUCUCUGCCUUACAAAGACAGAGUAAAUAACUGUGGAGAACAUUUUUUUCUACACUUGAUUUGGACGGUGAUAAAGCAUGUCCUAUGAGUCACUGACCUGAUGUCAACUUUGGCUGCAGCAGAACUCUUUUUGGAAAAACAAAAUUCUUAAAACUCACUGUAUAAUACCUGCUAAGAACCAAACAGCUGACAGAGUUUGUGCCUAGCAAUUGAACAGAAUGGAGCAAUUAGCAGCUAAUGAAGAAGAUAUUCCCCCAGGAGUUGCUAGAAACUACAAACAAAGCUAAAACAUAGCAAAUGUUGCAUAUACAUUUGCCAACUGGAUAUAAACACAAAUCCAAACAAAUGAUAAUGUCUCUGCCCAUAAGUGCUGUAUAUAAAGAUUAUUUAUUCAAAGCUUAUUUCAUAUCUUCAGAGACUUAAAAACAAAUCUGUUAGCAGUCUAAAGAAAAAACAAGCAAACUUUUAACUUGUAGCAAAAGCUACAUAUGUGCUAAUCUAGGCUAAUAAAUUUUUAGCCGCUACUUUAAAGUUUAUAUUCCUUCAGCCCAAAUUAAUAUAGAAUUAGAAGCCACAUUACUAUGUUGCUAUGUUGGGUAAUCACAACACAUCAUUAAAAGCAGUUGUUGGUAAAUGUAACUUUAGCUAAGGCUAGCUGUGGACAUCUCACUAGCUAGCAUUAACUAAUAUUACGCUUUUUAACUGUUGUUUGAUGUUUUACAAAAGUUAUAAUCUAUAUUUUUCUACAAAUAUAUCACUGUUUAAUAAUAUUUUACAUGGUUAAGUGUAUUUAAUGAGUUAAUAAUUUCUCUUAAAUGUAUUUAUGGUUAGUGCAUUUUAUCUUUUUAGAGCAGAAAAGGAUAAACAAACAACUGAAAUGCACAAAAGGGUCAUUAUUAAUGUUAUGUUAAUGCUCAUUUCGGAUACCAGGAUAUCAUAUGUGUAAUCAACGUAUACCAUUUGUAUUCUUUAAAGAGUUGGAAUAAGAAA